AUAUAAUAAUAGUUUUGGAUUGAAGAUAAAGAUAUGGUGAUCAGGUGUAGAGGGUUUUGGAUGGUGAUGAUUAUAAUAACUAGUCAUAUUCAUGGUUAUUUGAUAAUGGCGGAUGAGAUUGAUGGGCGACGAGUAAUUCGUUGCAUUGAAGAGGAAAGGAUAUCUCUCCUCCAAUUCAAAGCUGCUUGGCUACCGGUGCUGCUGGAUUUAUGGGGAAUUGAUCACUUAUUCAGUUCCUGGGUAGAUGAUGAUGACGACGACUGUUGUGACUGGAAUAGGGUCACUUGUGAUCCCGUCUCUGGCCACGUCUUACAACUCUCAUUGUCAUUCCUUCUUCUCUACCGAGAUGUUAAACACGAAUCUACUGGGAGUAUGGAAGCAAUUGCAACAGGAAUUCAGAAAUUAUCAACUCUUAAGCAAUUGGAGAAUCUCGAUUUAAGCUAUAAUCAACUUAGUAUUAGUAUUUUGUCAUCUUUGAGUACACUUAAAUCUCUCAAGAUACUCAAUCUCAGUAGAAAUUAUUUAUCCGAGGGUGUUUUUUCAUCUAAAGUUGGUGACGGUUUGAUGAAAUCAUUUUCUAAGAUGGUCAAACUUAGGAAUCUUGAUUUAAGUUAUAACAACCAAUUACCGACAGAUGUGCUAGUCACACUUGGUGCCUUGCCAUCCCUUCAAUCUCUCAACCUAAGCGGUAGUCCUUUAGAAGGCCCACUCACCAAUCAAGAUUUAAUAAUUGGGUUCCAUCAUUUAGAAACUCUAAAGUUAGCUCAUUGUGGAUUAAAUGGAACUAUAUCAGCUCAGAGUUUGUGUUCAAUGAAUAAACUGCAAGAGUUAGAUCUUUCUUUCAAUCUUCUACGAGGAGACAUCACAAUCUGUCUAAACGAGUUAUCAUUUUUGAAGUAUUUAAACCUUUAUGGGAAUCAAUUGAGUGUAAACAUCUCUUCCAUCUUAUUCAGAGAUCUCAACUCGUUAGAAAAUAUUGAUCUAAGGAACAAUAAUCUACAAGGAUCCUUGUCUUUGAGAACAUUUGCCAAUUUUUCUAAACUUGAAAAUGUCCUAAUAAGUAGUUCCAGUGAUAAGUUGGUGAUAGAAUCGGAUGUAGUUGAUUGGGUUCCUAAGUUCCAGUUGAAGAGUCUUAUGUUAUCCAAUUGCAACUUGAAGGAAUUCCCCAAGUUUCUUCUUUACCAGAAACAUCUUUCGUUUCUAGAUCUCUCUCACAACAGAUUAGAAGGUUCAUUUCCCAACUGGUUGUUGGUAAACAAUACUAAGCUCCAUACAUUAUCAAUGAGAGAUAAUAAUUUAGGUGGCAAUAUACUCUACAACUUUUACAAUUGGAGUACAGGAGGAGGAGGAAGAGGAAGAGAAGGAGGAGGAUUUCAAUAUUUCAUUGACAUAAGAUUUCAAUAUUUCAUUGACAUAAGCGACAACAAAAUGUCAGGUCAAAUUCCAAUAACAACAACAACAACUACUAAUCGUUCCAUGUUGGGAAUACUUAUCAUGCGACACAAUUCGUUUUCUGGCCCUUUCCCAUGCCAUCUAGUUGGGGGUUCUUCUUAUUUGGACAUUUCUUAUAACUCCUUCUCGGGAGAAUUACCAGCUGAUUGUUCAAGCUUUAAAGACCUCGAACACCUGAACUUGUAUGGGAAUAAAUUCACAGGAUUGGUUCCGAAAACUAUUUUGAAUUCAUCAUACCUCCAGACAUUAAACCUUGGAAAUAACUCCUUCUCUGGAAGUAUCCCAACUCAUCUCAGUAAUUCAUUGCAAGUGCUAUCUUUGAGAGGAAAUCGUUUCAGUGGAGAAAUUCCAGAUGAGUUAUGCCAAUUGAAAUGGUUAAAUUGGUUAGAUUUGUCUCACAACUCCAUCUCGGGAUCUAUUCCUACUUGCUUAGGCAAUAUCAGAUUUGGGGAAUACGCAUACUAUCUAGGUUAUGAAUUUCAAGCAGAACUUGAUGGUGUUGGAUCAAGUAUAUCGUUUGAUUAUACGGCUGAUGUGCUGAUUUCGACUAAGUACAGGGAUGAUUCCUAUACUGGUAAGUCAUUGGAGUUGAUGUCUGGAUUGGAUCUAUCAUGUAACAACUUGGAAGGAGAAAUUCCAAAUGGACUCGGAAAUCUGAGUUCCAUCCAUGUGCUCAACCUAUCACACAAUUGGUUAAGUGGACCCAUUCCUCAAACAUUUUCAAACCUAAAGCAGAUUGAGAGUCUAGAUCUUUCUCACAACAAUCUCAGCGGAGAAAUUCCAUCCAACCUAGUGAAUCUGAAUUUUUUAGAGACAUUUUCCGUAGCAUAUAACAAUCUAUCGGGAAGACUUCCAGAUAUGAUGAAGGGUCAAUUUGGAAGUUUUGAAGGAGAUAGUUAUGCAGGUAACCCAUUCCUCCUCUGCGGACCUCUAUUGAAGAUAGAUUGUAUGGUCGAUGUCAAGAAGGAUAAGGAUGAUGAUGAUAAUGAUGAAGUGCAUGAUGAUGAAGCAUGGUAUACCAUUGACAGAGAGGAAUUAUAUGCAAGUUUUUUGGCAACCUAUAUUGUCUACAUUUUGGGAUUCAUCACCGUGCUCUGGAUCAAUGCCCGUUGGCGUAACAUGUGGUUUAAUUUCGUAGAGAAUAUAUUGUUUUCGUCUUACUAUUUUCUAUCAGAUGCAUUGUAUAAGUGUUUUAGGGUUCGAAUAUGAUCAUCAUCAAUCGAACAAAACAG